GGCUGGGUUAAACCUUUGAAGCUUAUCUCAACUUCGCAUCUGUGUGGACGCGGCAACUUCCAGAGGAGGUAUGUAGGUACAUUUCUUGCGGCAUCCCACCCCCCGCCAUGGACUGUACAUACAAUACAUACCUAGGUACCUAAUUACUCAGCACUAAAGCCUGCUGUUUUGACCCAAACCACCACCCAUUUAGGAGGAGGUUUUUAGGAGUGCCGUCCGAACCCCAACUCCACUCCCGAUGGGUAACAUCAUCUCGGCCCUAGCAGGGGUCGCUAAGAGCAUAAAGAGCAUCAUUUCCGCCUUUCGGAGCAUUUCCGCCGACUACAACGCCCUCCUGGCGCGCGUAAACAGCCCAGCCGGUCUGCCGGUCGACUCUCCCACCGAGUCCUAUUGGUUCGACCAGCCGCCUUUCCCGGAGCUGGUGAACGCCCAGUCGCCCGUGUUCCCGGAGGAGGCAGACGUGGUCAUCAUAGGUUCCGGCAUCACCGGGGCGGCGGUCGCGAGGACGAUCCUGCACGAAUGGCGGCGGAAGGGCGAGGAUGACAACAAGCGGGUGGUCGUCCUUGAGGCGCGUCAGAUCUGCUCUGGGGCGACCGGGCGCAAUGGCGGUCACAUCAAGGCAAGUCCGCACGAGAUGGUUGGUCGUCUCCAGAAGAAGAUGUCGCCCGACCGAGCCGCGUCCUUGGUUCGCUUCCAGCUGAGGCAUCUCGAGACCCUGGUUGGGCUGUGCAGCGCCGAAAGCAUCGACGUCGCCGAGUGUCGGGAGGUGGAGACGGUGGAUUACUACGUAGAGGAGUCGCUUUACGAGGAGGCGGUCAAACAAAUCGAGUAUCUUCGGAAGUGGGUACCUGAAUUCAAAAUGACUGCUUGGACUGCCAGUGAGGCUCAGAAGAGAUUCUCCGUCAAUCACUUUGUAGUUGGGGCGAUAUCGUACAAAGCCGGCGCUCUGUGGCCUUACCGGUUUGUAACGUCUAUAUGGAAGAGCCUCCUGAACGAGUUCCCCGAGAAGCUGUCGAUAGAGACUCAUACGCCUGUUUCCACCGUGACGUCUACACCUGAUUCGGAAUUCCCUCUUGACGUAACUACCAACAGAGGGGUUAUUCGCAGCAGGCACGUUGUCCAUGCGACCAACGCAUUUGCAAGCCACCUCGUGCCAGGAUUUAGGGGUAAGAUGACAAGUCUUCUAGCCCACAUGUCAGCCCAACGACCAGGGAAGAACUUCCCCGACCAUAACGGUCAACGAUCGUGGUCCGUGAUAUACGGAAAUGGUUUCGACUAUGCGACACAGCGGCCGACUACCGCCGGAGUGCCUGGCGAUAUCAUGAUCGGGGGAGGAUUUGGCCAGUCCAAGAAACAAGGGUUGGACCAACUUGGGGUGUAUGAUGAUAGCAAGAUCGACGCCUUGACGGCGGCCCAUAUUCUAGGCAUCAUGCCGACGAUAUUCGAAUCCAACUGGGCCGGAGAUAUUGACGGCAGAGCAAAAAAGGUCUGGACUGGUGUGGUUGCUCUCACAGCCGACUUCCUCCCGUUUGUUGGGCGACUGGACCCGCGUUUGACCGGGCGGAAGGCCACAAAAUCAAGUAGAGCUGGUCAAAGCCAGGCUGGAGAGUGGACGGCCGCUGGUUUCGUCGGCGAUGGGAUGGUCUGGGCGUGGCUUUCGGGGACUGCCCUUGGUGUGAUGAUUGCAGGGAGCGAAGACGAAGAUCUGCCCACUGCACCGGGAAGACCUGCUGGGCGAUUGAGGGAUUGGUUCCCUGACGAGCUCCUUCCCACCCAUGAGAGGAUAAAGCGCAUGGAUGUAGCGGAUCUAGCGGACGGGAUCAUAUAGAGAAGGAAGGAGUCAUUGAUAGGUUCUGAACACGGCAGUCCCGACCCCGGAAACCUGCAGUACUUAGGUACAGACAAAUAGGUACCUAGGUAUUUCCUCAGCUUUACCUGCCCAGUUGGAUCAAAGUGAGCAAAUCUAGAAAAAGGAAGGAACGAUAGAGCCUUGGGCACCUCAACUAAACCCCCACGUCCCCUCACCCAUAUUCCUUUUUCCACCUUCCAACUCGAGCCUUCUAAUUUGUCCUUCGUUUCUCCUCUUCGUGCGAGAGGUUCUUCAUAUUGCCGAUAUUGUCAUUUUGCCCUCUCGAUGUCCUUCAGCCAUGGCUGUAGAAUGUUAUGAAUGUUAUACCUGCGAAAAGGCGUUUCCUGCUGGGUGGCAGGCUCGCGAGAACCACUGCCGAGCCACC